GCCCCCAUAUGUAGGACGACUUCUAUUCUCUGGAUUAACUUGUUUGCUAGAGCCCACUAUCUGCAAGAGGCGCCAUAUUGUCACCCCUGAAGAGCCAAGGCCUGAAAUUAACCACACACCCCAGUCAUGUCCGGCCCAGUCACCUGCCGGUCCCGGGUUUACCCAGAUGUCAACACACAGAGACCUCGGGAGUAUUGGGACUAUGAGUCUCAUGUUGUGGAGUGGGGGAAUCAGGAUGACUACCAGCUUGUGCGAAAAUUAGGUCGUGGCAAAUACAGUGAAGUGUUUGAAGCCAUCAACAUUACAAACAAUGAGAAAGUAGUUGUCAAAAUACUUAAGCCAGUAAAGAAGAAGAAAAUCAAACGAGAAAUAAAAAUCUUAGAGAACCUGAGAGGCGGUCCAAACAUCAUCACACUUCUAGACAUCGUUAAGGAUCCAGUGUCUCGAACACCUGCACUGGUUUUUGAACAUGUUAAUAACACAGACUUCAAGCAAUUGUAUCAAACACUAUCAGAUUACGACAUCCGAUUCUACAUGUAUGAGAUCUUAAAGGCCUUGGACUAUUGCCACAGUAUGGGAAUUAUGCACAGAGACGUCAAACCACACAACGUCAUGAUCGACCACGAGCACAGAAAGCUUCGUCUGAUAGACUGGGGCUUGGCUGAGUUCUACCACCCAAGUCAGGAGUACAACGUAAGGGUGGCAUCACGCUACUUCAAAGGUCCCGAGCUACUGGUGGACUACCAGAUGUAUGACUACAGUUUAGACAUGUGGAGUUUAGGCUGCAUGCUGGCCAGUAUGCUCUUUAGAAAAGAGCCCUUCUUCCACGGACAUGACAACUAUGAUCAGCUUGUCCGGAUCGCCAAAGUGCUGGGCACGGAAGACUUGUAUGACUACAUCGACAAGUACAACAUGGAGCUUGAUCCACGGUUCAAUGACAUUUUGGGCAGGCAUUCCCGGAAGAGGUGGGAGAGGUUUGUGCACAGUGAGAACCAGCACCUAGUCAGUACUGAAGCCCUGGACUUCCUGGACAAACUCCUGCGCUAUGACCACCAAGCCCGACUCACAGCCCGAGAGGCAAUGGAGCACCCAUACUUCUAUCCCAUAGUAAAAGAUCAGGCCAGGGUGGGCCCUGCAUCAGGGCUGUGUACCGGCCCCUCUCCUGUCAGCACAUCCAGCAUGAUGACAGGAACUAUCACAUCCAUGCAGCUGCCGCAGACCCUGACCAGCAUGGCUGGCUCUCCCGUCAUCUCGUCUCCCGGGGCGCUGGUGGCGCAGGUUCCCGCGGCGACGGCCCGUGUGCAGCCCUGACUGCAGCUCUCCUGCCACACUCCUCUGCUGGCCUCAUUUUUUACAAUGCGCAUCAUGAACUGAAGAGAGACUAAGUUAGGUUCCUUCCCCCCGACCCCAUUUUUCUGUUUUGUUUUGGGGUUUUUAUUUUUUGUUGGUUUUGAUUUGUUUUUUUUGUCCCCCCUCCCCCCCCCCUUCAGUAAUUAUAUACUGAGUUUUGGGCACUCUUCAGAUAACGGUAAACGUGGUCUCUGUGUCUGGCUAAAAAUGUAGCCACAUCCUUUUUUGAUGGUGUCUAGAGAAGCAACUACACUGUAGAAAUUAAGGGAAACAAAGGAUAAUAAAAUGUAUUUUAUAUGUCCCUAA